AUGACCUUUGAAAAUGAUCCAAUAAUAUCUACUACAGAGAAGUGGAAUAUACUUCAUUUGGAACAAACAACCCAGAUUGUUACUGAAUUUUUCAAGAUGACAGAUCCAAUGAUGGACUUUUUUGAUGAUGCCAAUCUUUUUAGUGAGACUUUAGAAGGUUUGUCAGAUGAUGCAUUUGUACAACCAGGACCUGUUUCCCUAGUUGAUGAAUUGAACUUGGGUGUAGAAUUUGAACCUUUGCACAUAGACUCAUUGAACCAUGUUCAAGGUACUCCAACGCAUCAGAAGAUGACGGAUUAUGAACAAUUAAGUCAGUUUGAUUCAAUGAAAUUUCAUCAGGUUAAUCAGUCUUUUGGUAGCCCAGCUGAACAUGUGUUAUCUCCACACUCUCAGUUUAAUUGCUCUCCGAUCCACCCCCAAAACCAACCCAAUGGUUUAUUUCCAGAUGUAGCAGAUGGCAGUCCAAUGUGGGGCCAUCAGACGGCUACUAGCAUUUCAAACCAGAAUGGGUCUCCUUUUCACCAACAAGGACAUUCUCACUCUAUGCAUCAAAACAAAAGCUUUGUGGCACACCAUGACUUUGCCUUAUUUCAGGCCAAUGAACAACACACACAGUGCACUUCACUGCGCUCGCAACAAAACAGGAAUAAUCUUAACCCAGGGCAAAAUUCUCUCGGCCAGUCUAAAAAUUUUAUGGAUGUUAAUGUUUCUGGUCCACACAGAGUCAGUGUCAACCACCCACCACAGAUUACCAAUGCAUCUACUUCACAACAGUCUCUCUUGAUGCAACAGUUUUCUCAAACAUCAAAUCCUUCAGUACACUUUCUCAAGUGUAGCAACCGGCAAGAAGGCAAUUUUAAUGAACCUUCUCCAAAUAUGACUUCUUGUUCUGUCAGUAACUCUCAGCAGUUUUCUUCACAUUAUUCCUUUUCUAGUAAUCACGUGUCACCAAACAGUCUUCUCCAGUCCUCUGCAGUUCUUGCACCCAAUCAUACAAAUCAGACGCUAUCUGAUUUUUCUGGAAGUAAUUCCUUUUCACCUCACAGGGGAAUCAAGCAAGAAUCUGCUCAGCAUAUGCUCAGUCCCAAUACAUCACUGAAUUCAAGUAAUUUCCAAAUGUUGCAUUCAUCACAUCCUCAGGGUAAUUACAACAAUUCAAAAUUAUCGCCUGUGCACGUGAACUUCCAGGAUCCUGUUGACUCAGGAACGCAAAUGGGCCAUUUCAAUGAUCAUGUUGAAACUAAUGGCUUUUCAUCUUUGGAAGAGAAUUUACUUCAUCAAGUGGAGUCUCAAGCUGAGCCAUUCACAGGACUGGAUCCAGAGGACCUCCUUCAGGAGGGUCUCCUUCCCCAGUUUGAUGAGUCAGCAUUUGGGCAAGAUAAUUCAAGUCAUGUUUUAGAUCAUGACCUUGAUCGGCACUUUACUUCACAUCUGGUAGCACGGCCUUCUGAUAUGGCUCAAACUCAGUUUCAUUCUCAGGCUCGGAGCUGGCAUUCAUCACUGUCUAAUCAUCAGCAUUUACAUGACAGGAAUCGCCUAUGUUUACAGCGACAGCCUCCGUCUUCCAAGAAGAAUGAUGGUUCUGGGACAUACACUAAGUUGCAGAAUACCCAGGUGAGAAUCAUGUCCGAGAAGAAGCAGAGAAAAAAGGUGGAAUCAGAAAGCAAGCAAGAAAAGGCCAACCGGAUAAUAUCAGAGGCCAUAGCCAAAGCAAAGGAGCGUGGGGAGCGCAAUAUUCCCCGAGUCAUGAGCCCUGAGAACUUCCCUAGUGCUUCAGUAGAAGGGAGAGAGGAGAAGAGAGGCAGAAGGGCGAAAGCCAAGCCAAAGGACAAAGAGAGCAAGAAAGCAAGAACUUGUUCCAAGUUAAAGGAGAAGUCAAAAAUUGGCAAACUCAUUAUUACAUUGGGUAAGAAACAAAAAAGAAAGAAUGAGUCUUCAGACGAAAUAUCUGAUGCAGAGCAGAUGCCACAGCAUGCAUGCAAAGAGGAAGACUCUCAAAAAAGAAGAUCAAAUCGACAAAUUAAAAGGAAAAAGUAUGCAGAAGAUGGAGAGGGGAAACAAUCUGAGGAAGAGGUUAAAGGUUCUAUGAAAAUAAAAAAGAAUUCAGCUCCUUUACCUGGGGAACAGCCUUUACAGUUAUUUGUGGAGAAUCCAAGUGAAGAAGAUGCAGCAAUUGUGGAUAAGAUAUUAUCUUCGAGAAUUGUGAAAAAGGAAAUAUCACCGGGAGUGAUGAUUGAUACAGAAGAAUUUUUUGUAAAAUACAAGAAUUACUCCUAUCUUCACUGUGAAUGGGCCACAGAACAGCAGCUUUUGAAAGAUAAAAGGAUCCAGCAGAAAAUCAAACGAUUCAAACUGAGACAAGCACAAAGAGCACAUUUUUUUGCAGAUAUGGAAGAAGAACCAUUUAACCCAGACUAUGUUGAAGUAGACAGAGUGUUAGAAGUCUCUUUUUGUGAAGAUAAAGAUACUGGCGAGCCUGUUAUUUACUACUUAGUAAAGUGGUGCUCAUUACCAUAUGAAGAUAGUACCUGGGAACUAAAAGAAGAUGUAGAUCUUACAAAAAUAGUAGAGUUUGAACAAUUGCAAUCUUCAAGACCUGACACAAGACAUUUGGAACGUCCUCCCUCUAAUAUUUGGAAAAAAAUAGAUCAAUCCAGGGAAUAUAAAAAUGGUAAUCAACUCAGGGAAUAUCAACUGGAAGGACUCAACUGGCUUUUGUUCAAUUGGUACAAUAGACGAAACUGCAUUUUAGCAGAUGAAAUGGGUCUUGGCAAAACAAUUCAAUCAAUUACAUUCCUCUACGAAAUCCUUCUGACGGGUAUAAGAGGACCUUUCCUGAUUAUUGCUCCACUUUCUACUAUUGCAAACUGGGAGAGAGAAUUUCGUACGUGGACUGAUAUUAAUGUUGUGGUUUAUCAUGGGAGCCUGAUUAGCAGACAGAUGAUACAGCGGUAUGAGAUGUACUUCAGGGACUCACAGGGGCGUAUCAUUCGAGGAGCUUACAGAUUCCAAGCCAUCAUCACCACUUUUGAAAUGAUUCUUGGAGGUUGUGCAGAGCUUAAUGCAAUUGAAUGGCGGUGUGUGAUCAUUGAUGAAGCACAUAGGUUAAAAAAUAAAAAUUGUAAACUUCUAGAAGGUCUGAAACUCAUGAAUCUGGAACACAAGGUGCUUUUGACAGGCACACCUCUCCAAAACACAGUUGAAGAAUUAUUCAGUCUUCUUCACUUUCUAGAACCUUUAAGGUUUCCUUCUGAAUCAACAUUUAUGCAAGAAUUUGGGGAUCUGAAAACAGAGGAACAGGUGCAGAAACUUCAGGCUAUACUGAAACCGAUGAUGCUGAGACGAUUGAAGGAAGAUGUGGAGAAGAAGUUGGCACCAAAAGAAGAAACCAUCAUUGAAGUGGAACUUACUAACAUUCAAAAGAAAUACUAUCGGGCUAUUUUGGAGAAGAACUUUUCAUUUUUAUCCAAAGGAGCAGGACAGACUAAUGUACCUAACUUGGUCAAUACCAUGAUGGAGCUCAGGAAGUGCUGUAACCAUCCAUAUCUUAUCAAAGGUGCUGAGGAAAAAAUACUUGGAGAAUUUAGAGAUACAUAUAAUCCUGCUGCUUCUGAUUUUCAUCUCCAAGCAAUGAUCCAGUCUGCUGGUAAACUGGUCCUUAUUGAUAAAUUGCUUCCCAAAAUGAAAGCAGGAGGUCAUAAAGUGCUCAUCUUCUCUCAGAUGGUACGGUGCCUUGACAUCCUAGAGGACUAUCUUAUACAUAAAAGAUAUUUAUAUGAGCGAAUUGACGGCAGAGUCAGAGGGAAUCUUCGACAAGCUGCUAUAGAUCGAUUCAGUAAACCUGACUCAGAUCGAUUUGUUUUCCUACUGUGUACCCGAGCUGGUGGGCUGGGCAUCAACUUAACUGCUGCUGAUACGUGUAUAAUUUUUGACUCUGAUUGGAAUCCUCAAAAUGACCUUCAGGCCCAAGCUCGUUGUCACAGAAUUGGUCAAAAUAAAGCAGUUAAAGUCUACAGAUUAGUAACUCGUAACUCAUACGAGAGGGAGAUGUUUGACCGAGCCAGUCUGAAACUGGGUCUAGACAAGGCCGUGUUACAGAGCAUGAGUGGAAGAGAAAGUAAUGUUGGUGGUAUUCAGCAGCUUUCCAAAAAGGAAAUAGAAGAUCUGCUUCGAAGAGGUGCUUAUGGUGCAAUUAUGGAUGAAGAAGAUGAAGGCUCUAAGUUCUGUGAAGAGGACAUUGAUCAGAUUUUACUGCGACGUACAAAAACUAUUACAAUUGAGUCAGAAGGACGUGGGUCAACAUUUGCUAAGGCGAGUUUUGUGGCAUCUGGAAAUCGGACAGAUAUUUCCUUAGAUGACCCCAACUUCUGGCAAAAAUGGGCUAAAAAGGCAGAAAUAGAUAUAGACACCAUCAGUGGUAGAAACAGCUUGGUUAUUGACACUCCAAGAAUUAGGAAGCAAACAAGACCCUUUAGUGCCACAAAAGAUGAAUUGGCUGAAUUGUCUGAAGCCGAAAGUGAAGGAGAAGAAAAGCCCAAACUCCGGAGGCCCUGUGACCGUUCCAGUGGCUAUGGAAGAACUGAGUGCUUUAGGGUAGAGAAAAACCUGCUGGUCUAUGGGUGGGGCCGAUGGAGAGAGAUUCUAUCUCAUGGUCGCUUUAAGAGACAGUUAAAUGAGCAUGAUGUGGAAAUAAUUUGCCGAGCCCUCUUAGCAUAUUGCCUCAUUCACUACCGAGGAGACGAGAAAAUUAAAGGCUUCAUUUGGGACCUCAUUACUCCAACCGAAGACGGACAGACUCGAGAGCUUCAGAAUCAUCUAGGCCUUUCAGCCCCCGUACCCAGGGGCCGAAAAGGGAAGAAAGUAAAGACCCAGACAAGCUCAUUUGACAUACAGAAAGCAGAAUGGCUUCGAAAAUAUAAUCCUGAGCAGCUACUUCAAGAUGAAGGCUACAAAAAACACAUAAAGCACCAUUGUAACAAGGUUUUGCUUCGUGUACGAAUGCUAUAUUAUCUAAAGCAAGAAGUCAUUGGAAAUGAGUGCCAGAAAGUAUUUGAUGGAGUUGAUGCAAGUGACAUUGAUGUUUGGGUCCCAGAACCAGACCACUCAGAAGUUCCUGCUGACUGGUGGGAUUUUGAUGCUGAUAAGUCACUCCUUAUUGGAGUUUUUAAACAUGGCUAUGAGAAAUAUAACACCAUCCGAGCAGACCCGGCACUGUGCUUCUUGGAGAGAGUGGGGAAGCCCGACGAAAAAGCUGUGGCUGCGGAGCAGAGGGCCAAUGACUACAUGGACGGGGAUGUGGAAGAUCCAGAAUACAAACCUGCCCCAGCUUUCUUUAAAGAUGACAUAGAGGAUGAUGUUUCCUCACCAGGAGAUCUUGUUAUAGCAGAUGGAGAUGGUCAACUGAUGGAGGGUGAUAAAGUUUAUUGGCCUACUCAGUCAGCUUUAACCACACGUUUGAGGCGUCUCAUCACUGCAUAUCAGCGCACUAAUAAAAAUAGACAAGUCCAGCAAAUCCAACCUACUUUCUCAGUGCCUGCCAGCAUCAUGCAGCCUCUUUAUGAAGAAGCCACUCUUAAUCCUAAAAUGGCAGCCAAGAUAGAAAGACAGCAAAGAUGGACAAGAAGAGAAGAAGCUGACUUUUACAGAGUGGUGUCUACAUUUGGAGUGGUAUUUGAUCCUGACAGAGGUCAAUUUGAUUGGACAAAAUUUAGAGCUAUGGCUAGGCUGCAUAAGAAAACUGACGAUAGCUUGGAGAAAUAUUUGUAUGCAUUUAUGUCUAUGUGUCGGAGGGUUUGCCGUCUUCCUUCCAAAGAAGAAUUGGUGGAUCCAAAUAUUUUUAUUCAGCCAAUCACAGAAGAACGUGCUUCUAGGACUUUGUAUCGCAUUGAACUUCUAAGGAAAGUAAGGGAACAGGCACUCCGCCAUCCGCAAUUGUGUGAACGCUUGAAGCUUUGCCAUCCAAAUCCAGACUUGCCAGUCUGGUGGGAAUGUGGCCCUCAUGAUAGGGACUUGCUUAUUGGGGCCGCUAAACAUGGGGUGAGCCGAACGGACUAUCACAUCCUUCGUGAUCCUGAGCUCUCAUUUAUGGCAGCACAGAGGAGCUACAGCCAGAACAGGAUGGCGCAUUCGAGGACCUCCACGCCACUCUUACAGCAAUAUCAAGCAGCACUUUCUGCCUCUCCUCUUACCUCUCUCCCUAGGAUCCUAGAUGCUAAAGAGACUGCUCUAGAGGACCUGAAAGCUAAAAAUGAAAACCUUAAAGAGGAACCUCAGUCUUCUGAAGAAGAAUCCAUGUCUUCUGAGGAAACCAGGACACUAAUAAAGUCUGAGCCUGUCAGUCCAAAGAAUGGGGUUUUACCACAGGCUGCUGGAGAGCAGAAAUCUGGCGGAAAGGGGGAAGCAGAUAGACGCAUGGUUGCCGCCAGAACAGAACCCCUGACUCCAAACCCUGCGUCUACCAAACAGCGCCUCCGCAAAAGAGGGUCAGCAUCUAGUUCGGAUUCUGACUCUGAUUCCGAGAGGUCCUCCUGUUCUUCCAGAUCGUCUUCUUCCUCAUCUUCCUCCUCCUCUUGUUCCCACUCUCGUUCAGGCUCCAGUUCUUCUUCUUCCUCCUCUUGUUCUUCGGCAUCGUCUUCGUCCUCAUCGUCUUCCUCCUCUUCCUCCUCCUCUUCGUCGUCAUCAGAAGAAAGUGACAGUGAAGAAGAGGAAGUCCAAAAGCGAGGAGGUACCCCUCACAUGAAAGCCUACGAUGAAGAAAGCGUAGCAUCACUGAGCACUACCCAGGAUGAGACCCAGGAUAGCUUCCAGAUGAACAAUGGGAUGCCAGAGUCUGCCUACAUCUUGCACAGUGGAUACAUACUGGCAGCUUCCUAUUGGCCAAAGGAUCGUGUGAUGAUCAACCGGCUGGACAGUAUUUGUCAGACGGUUCUGAAAGGGAGGUGGCCUUCAGCUAGAAGGAGUUACGAUGCCAACACGGUGGCCUCUUACUAUACCACCAAGCUGCUGGACAGCCCUGGCGCAGCCACAGAGCUUCGAGAGCCCAGUGUGCCCACUCCUCCCCGUGCCGCUGUGAAGGAAGAACAUGACCAGUCAUCACAGAUGUCAGAGGUGAAGAAGCAUGUACGAGAAAAGGAGUUUACAGUGAAAAUCAAAGACGAAGGUGGUUUGAAGCUGACAUUUCAGAAGCAAGGAUUUGCUCAGAAAAGGCCCCCCGACUCUGAGGACGGCGGGCUGGGCCGGCAGCAGCACCUCCCUCGGCUGCGGGAGCUUCAGGUUGCCUCUGAGACCAGCCUCGCCAGUGUUGCCAAGGGUUCGCCCGUGUCAGGUACUUCCAAUCAAUCUGCCGCUGGUGCCAAUGGAGUUAUAUUAGACAGCCAGCCUAUAGUCAGAAAAAGGCGGGGAAGGAGGAAGAAUGUAGAAGGUGCUGACAUCCUCUUUUUUAACAAAAGUAAACCACCUAAUCAUGUUACUUUGGGCUUACCCACCUCACAAAUUACUCCAGGGAUAAACCCAGCACUGUCCUAUCCCCAGCCUCAAGGCAUUCCUGAUACAGAAAGUCCAGUCCCAGUGAUUCACCUGAAAGAUGGAACAAGACUUGCUGGUGAUGACGCGCCCAAGAGAAAGGAUUUGGAAAAAUGGCUUAAGGAGCACCCAGGUUAUGUGGAAGAUUUAGGAGCUUUCAUUCCUAGAACGCAGCUCCAUGAAGGGAGGCCCAAACAAAAGAGGCAUCGCUGCCGAAACCCCAACAAGCUAGACGUCAACAGUCUCACUGGGGAGGAGCGUGUCCAGCUGAUCAACAGAAGAAAUGCCAGGAAGGUUGGAGGUGCAUUUGCUCCUCCUCUGAAAGAUUUAUGUAGAUUCCUGAAAGAAAAUUCAGAAUAUGGAGUCGCUCCUGAAUGGGGAGACGUUGUUAAACAAUCUGGGUUUCUUCCAGAAAGUAUGUAUGAACGGAUUCUCACUGGCCCUAUUGUGCGAGAGGAAGUAAGCAGGCGAGGGAGACGGCCUAAAAGUGGGAUUGCGAAGGCCACCGCUGCGGCGGCGUCUGCCAAUGCCACCAGUGUUGCAGGCAGUCCUUUGUUAGCCAAUGGAUUACUUCCAGCAUGUAAACACAAGCCAACUACUUCAUCUAGCGCUAACCCAGAAGACCGGUAA